GCUGCUGUGAGAAGAAAGAGUCGCAAGUAUCCAGAUGCUGACAAAAUACCCACAGAAAAGGUAACAUUUAUCGGUUUUCCGGGAUAAAAGAAGAAGGAAUACCUUCGGGGAGUCAGGAAAACAUCACGUAGAAUUUGUUGGUGGUGAUUUUGAAGGCCGAUAGUCAGAAUGAAUGGCCUUACAGUCGGUGAGUUGUGCUGCUUGUUUUGCUGUCCGCCAUGUCCUUCUCGCAUCGCGGCCAAGCUGGCAUUCUUGCCACCAGAACCAACUUACAAUAUCGUAACAGACGAAACUGGCACAAAAGGCACCCUGAAUUUGACAGAACGAGCAGAGUGGCAGUAUUCGGACCGUGAACUGGAAUCCAUUGAAGUGUUUUACACCCGUAAUAAACGAGGAAACCGAACAGCAUGCAUGUUUGUACGCUGUGCAUCCAACCCAAGAUACACUGUUCUUUUUAGCCAUGGAAAUGCAGUAGACAUUGGACAAAUGAGUAGUUUCUACAUAGGACUUGGUUCACGAAUCAAUUGCAAUAUAUUUAGCUAUGACUACUCUGGGUACGGAGCCAGCGGUGGUAAGCCUCUGGAACGGAACCUGUAUUCAGACAUCGACGCUGCUUGGCAAGCCCUCCGUUCUCGAUACGGGAUUAGCCCAGAAAGCAUUAUCCUGUAUGGACAGAGUAUCGGUACAGUGCCUACGAUAGACCUGGCAGCACGCUAUGAAUGUGCCGCUGUCAUCCUCCAUUCUCCUCUGAUGUCUGGGAUGCGAGUUGCUUUCCCUGACACCAAGAAGACAUGGUGGUUUGAUGCGUUUCCAAGGUGGGUGUUCAAUUGUUGUACAUUUGUAAUAAUAUAAGCCUAUUCGGAAAUG